CCAAAGGCAAAAUAUUAUUCUCUCAUAUCUCAACUAAUCGCUAUUUCCCAUGCAACCAACUUCCUCUAACAAAAGCACAGGAAAACACCACUUGCAGUAUAGUUUGUCUCUCUUCCUUCUUCCCCGCGAGUUCCAAUGGAGAUUUUCCUGUGGCCACACUUGAAACUCCUCUUGUCUUCCAUACUAAUUGCAGUGGUAUUAGCUGCUGAUCCUUAUUCAGACGCGCUGUUGAGCUUCAAAUCAGAGAUUAUCGAUCAUUUUCACAGUCUGGAUGAUUGGUUGAUGCGUCAUGGUGAAAACCGUUCGGGGAAAGUUCAUGCAUGUUCUUGGUCUGGUAUCAAAUGCGACAACAACUCCGCCGUUGUUAUUGGUUUAGACCUUUCCACGAAGAAACUUGGGGGUAAAUUACCAGGAAAGCAAUUCAGUGUCUUCACUGAGCUUGUUGAACUCAACAUCAGUCAAAACGCUUUCUCUGGAGAGAUUCCCAUUGAAAUCUUCAACCUCACCAGUCUAAGAAGCUUGGAUAUAAGCAGAAACAAUUUCUCUGGCCAUUUCCCUGGAGGGAUCAAUGUUCUUCGAAACCUGGUUGUUCUUGAUGCUUUCAGCAAUAGUUUCUCAGGUCCGUUGCCUGUUGAACUUUCCGAGCUUGAAUUCCUUAAGGUUCUCAACUUAGCUGGGAGUUACUUCAAUGGACCAAUACCAUCUGCAUAUGGGUCUUUUAAGAGCUUGGAAUUUCUUCACUUAGCUGGGAAUUUCCUCUCUGGAAACAUACCACCAGAAUUGGGUAAUCUCCAGACCGUGGAACAUAUGGAGAUUGGGUACAAUUCUUAUGAAGGGAACAUCCCAUGGCAACUGGGCAACAUGAGUGAGCUUCAGUAUCUUGAUAUUGCUAGUGCGAAUCUCUCGGGCUCGAUCCCCAAGCAGCUCUCAAAUCUCACCAAGCUUCAGUCACUUUUUCUCUUCAGAAACCAGCUCACUGGACUGAUUCCAUGGGAGUUCAGCAGAAUCUUGCCUCUUACCAACUUGGAUCUCUCUGAUAAUUUGAUAUCUGGGCCUAUUCACGAGAGUUUUGCUGAACUGAAGAAUCUAAGACUGCUCAGUCUCAUGUACAAUGUAAUGAACGGCAGUGUCCCAGAUGGCAUAGCGGAACUUCCAUCACUUGAUACUUUGUUUAUAUGGAACAAUUUCUUCACUGGAUCACUUCCAAGAAACUUGGGCAAGAACUCGAAACUGAGAUGGUUGGAUGUUUCAACCAACAGCUUCAUUGGCAGCAUUCCACCCCAUAUCUGCGCAGGUGGUGAGCUUUUUAAAUUAAUCCUGUUUUCCAACAAGUUUACAGGCAAUCUCUCACCUUUAUCCAAUUGUUCUUCGCUUGUUCGCAUUCGACUCGAGGACAAUUCAUUCUCUGGUGAAAUUCCUUUGACGCUCAGCCAUCUUCCAGAUGUUACAUACAUAGACUUUUCCAGGAAUAGGUUUACUGGUGGAAUUCCCUCGGAUUUUUUUCAAGCUUCAAGGCUUCAAUAUUUCAAUGUCUCUAACAAUCCAGAACUAGGAGGAAUGGUCCCAGAAGAAACUUGGUCUUUGCCACUUCUUCAAAAUUUCUCUGCGUCAUCUUGUAACAUCUCAGGGAAUCUACCUCCUUUCAGAUCAUGCAAAUCCAUGCUUCUUGUUGAAUUGCAGAUGAACAAUAUGUCAGGAGUUGUCCCAAAGAGUAUAUCCAAUUGCAAGACACUUGAGAUCAUUAAUUUAGCCAGCAAUCAGUUGAUUGGUCACAUACCAGAGGAGCUUGCUAGUCUUCCUGCUCUAAGUGUAGUGGAUUUGUCACAUAAUAAUUUUAGCGGUUCAAUCCCUGUAGAGUUUGGGAAAUCCACGAACUUAUUACUUCUAAAUGUGUCAUUCAAUGAUAUAUCUGGUUCCAUUCCCUCUGAAAAAGUACUGCAAUCAAUGGAUAGAAGUGCAUAUGUUGGAAACCCAGAGCUAUGUGGUGCACCUCUCAGAUCAUGUUCGGCUUCAAUGGCCAUCUUUGGAAGCAAAGGCACUGGAAAGCUUAGGUUAGUUCUUUUGCUCUCUGCAGGAAUAGCCAUACUCAUUUCAGCAUUGGUUUUCUGGCUAGUUUAUCUCCGCAAAGGAAGCAAAGGCCAAUGGAAAAUGGACUCUUUUAUCGGACUCCCACAGUUUAAAGCAAAUGACGUUUUGAGGAGUUUCGAUUCGAGUGAGUCCAUGGAUGAACUGCCACCGCUAUCAGCUGCCGUUUGCAAAGCAGUGCUACCUACUGGAAUAACAGUUUUGGUGAAAAAGAUAGAAUGGGAGCCAAAGCGAAUAAAGGCUGCCUCAGAAUUUAUUACACAAAUGGGAAAUGCAAGGCAUAGGAAUUUGAUCAGAUUACUUGGUUUCUGCUACAACAAGCAUAUGGCUUACAUGUUGUAUGAUUACUUGCCUAAUGGAAAUUUGGCCGAGAAGGUAAGAAUCCCAAGAGAUUGGUCAACCAAGUGCAGAAUUAUAAUUGGAAUUGCAAAGGGACUUUGCUUCCUUCACCAUGACUGCAAUCCUGCAAUUUCUCAUGGAGAUUUGAAGUCAAGUAACAUAGUCUUCGAUGAUAAUUUUGAACCUCGUAUAGCCGAUUUCGGGUUCAAGUACCUGAUAGAGUUGACAAAAGGUGGUCAAUCCAAUGAAGAUAUCAAAGAUGAACUAUACAUGGACAUAUACAAGUUUGGGGAGAUAAUUAUGGAAAUUCUAACUAAUGGUAGGCUGAUAAAUGGUGGAGAAAACAUUCAGAGCAAACCAAAGGAUGUUCUUUUGAGAGAAAUUUGUAAUGAAAAUGAAUCAACUGAUUCCACCAAUUCAUUGCAAGAUGAAAUAAAACUGUUUGUUGAAGUUGCUUUGCUUUGCACCAGAAGCAGGCCAGCUGACAGGCCAUCCAUGGAAGAUGUAUCGAAGCCUCUGUCAGGAUUAAAGGGACAAGGUAAAUGAUAGUAAAUACUUCUGAAGUCGAGUUUCGAUAUUUGCUUCACAUUUCAGUGGAAGGAGAAGGACCUCAGCAUAUAUAUAUAUAUAUAUAUAUAUAUAUAUAUAUAUAUUUGUAUUUUGAUUUGGCUGAUCGGCUUGUUUAUAGCAAUGAAUGUCUGUAUUUCCCGAACAAUUCCUUCAAUUUUAAAUUACAUGAAUGUAAGAUAGGCAUGAAACAAAUUCAUAUAAUGAUUAAUAUCUAUAGAUUU